AUGAAGCUUACAGUCACUAAGGGUGCGCCUUUGCCAUUUUCUAUUGACAUUUUGCUGCCUCAAUACAUGUAUGGAAGCAAGCCAUUUAUCAAGUAUCCUGGCAAUAUUCCAGACUACAUCAAGUUGUCAUUUCCUGAAGGAAUCACAUGGGAAAGAACCAUGACCUUCGAAGAUGGUGCAGUGUGCACUGCCUCAAACGACUCCAGGUAAUCGAAACUAAAUUUGAAUAAUUUGAAUUAUUCAAAUAAUUGUUAAAACAAUUAUUGGAUGAGUAUCAUCUGAAGAAUUAUGAAGAUCGAGGGCGGUGUUAUCCAUCAGCCGAGGCGAAAAGUUCUUUAGGUGAUUCGAAAGCCGAAUUCAAUGAUUAUUUUAUUAUUCAUUCAAAAUAAUUCCCAGUUUAAACACAAGCUAAAACAUGCUUACCUUCAUCAAUGCUAAGUUCAUCUUUAAUUGCCUGUUCAUCGGCAAGUUUAGGAGAUUAAGGGUUAUUCAGUACUGCAAAUAUUCUCCAAAUAGCACAUGUCGUCUGUCGAGUUGUCUUCUUGCUGUUCUUGCUAUGUUUUUAGCCAGUAGUUCGCCUAUUUCUUCCCCGUUAAACGAGUCAGUGAAAUGUUCUGCCAUUUUGUACUCGGUAAGCACUUGUUUCCAUAUCUCAAACCUCCCUCUCCCUUUUCACUUACACUUACAUGAAAUGUCUAAGUUUUUUGACUCAGAGACUUAAUUUCUUCUCAACAAAUGUCGUCAAAGUGCAAGUCUCUUCAAAUUUAAAAGAAAAAAAAAAUUGCGAAUCACGAGCAGGAAUCGAUCCCUGAGUGCUAAAUCUGUAGUCUUAUGCCCUAACCACCAGACCACCGAGAAGUCGUUGCAGGAACUUGGAGUAAUUUAACUAUACUGUAGCGAAAACCCUAACCCUAAAUAAAAGCUAACCGUUAACCCUAAUCACUAUUCUAAGUGUUUAACCCUAAUCAGUAUGGUCAGUGCUUAACCUAAAUCAGUAUUGUUAGUGCUUAACCCUAAUCACUUUUGUCAGGGCUCACUCAUAUAUGUAUACAUAUAUGCAAUUACUUUGUGUACGCAUCACAAGGUAUCCAAGGGCGGUUUGAGAUAUGCAAACUACCGUUUACCGUUUUGGUUACCAAAACAACUCGGUUAAAUGUUCAGUUUUCUGGCAAGUAUGCUGCACAGUUUACGUCAUUUUUCACAUAUCGCAAAAUUCUUCCAAAUUUGGUGCACAGUAGCUGGUUAUGAUGAAUUAUGCCUGGGAUUUUAGCCAAUCAGAAACGAAGAAAUGUUUUGAAUGAAUAAUAACAAAAAUUAUUGGAACACAACAGUAGAUAUUACCUAUUACCUGAUCCACGUUGCUAAGGAGUAGCUAACUAGGGUUGGUUAUCAACCCUUGUUCAUUAUAACUGCAAAAAAAAAUUUUCUAGCCCUGUCAGACAACAGGUGUAGAUGUCCAAUAUUUCAACCACUGUGAAUGAACCAACUAUGUUGACGAAAACACUAGGUCUUCUGUCAGUACAUAGUGGUGCAGAUAUAUGCAAUACAUGUGGUCUGGAAAUCGUCCAGUACUUUUCACCUCUCAAGACUUGCGAAAUAACUUUGAAUAAAAUGUCUUUUUUAUGAAAAGACUCGUUGGCAACUGUUUCAUCUACGAAGUCAAGUUUCAAGGUGUAAACUUUCCCCGAGAUGGACCUGUUAUGCAGAAGAAGACAAAAGGCUGGGAACCGUCCACUGAGAGACUGUAUGAGUGGGAUGGGUGUCAGAGAGGAGAUGUCGACAUGGCCUUGAAGUUGGAGGACGGUGGCCAUUAUACGGUCAACUUCAAAACUACUUACAAGUAA